UAGCAUGGCAGCAUUCCGGUAUAUAUAUAUAGUUCAGUGAUUCAAUUCUCUAGUCGUUGUCAUCAGUUAACAUCGAUUGAGAUUAUCUUUGAAGAUUUUAUAAGAAUUUAAGAGUGGAUUAUUGAUCGCUGUCAAACAACAAAGUCUCCUCGUGAUGAAAUUGAAUUGUAACUCUUUGUAAUUAAAUAUAUUGCAAAUAAAAAGUGCACAUCUCGAACAUAAUACAUCACGUAAUCUCGCGACAGCUGGUUAAGUACCACGUGUGAGCAGGUCUUCUCUGACACGAAGAAUUGUCAAACGUAAAAAAAUGGUUUUGGACCUAGAUUUCUUCCGCAAGGAUAAAGGUUUCGAUCCGGAAAAGAUCCGAGAAAAUCAGAAAAAACGUUUCAAAAAUGUACAACUGGUGGAUACUGUAAUCGAAAAGGAUAAACACUGGCGGCAAUUGCGACAUCGCGCUGAUAAUUUCAACAAGCUGAAGAACUUGUGCAGCAAAGAAAUUGGCGAAAGGAUGAAGAAGAAGGAACCGCUCGGCGAUGACGACACCGUACCUCAAGCGAUUGCCGACGAUCUCGAUAACUUGACCUCUGAGAACUUGAAGGCAUUAACAAUAACGCAAAUCAAGAGAAUACGCACUCUCAUCGACGAGGCUGUACAGAAAAAUGACGAGAGUUUAAAAAUAAUUGAAUCAGAGAGGAAUAGCGCGCUCAGGGAAGUAGGAAAUCAUUUGCACGCAUCGGUGCCUGUCAGCAAUGAUGAAGAAGAAAACAAAAUAGAGAGAACUUGGGGGAAUUGCACUGAGAGGAAAAAUUACUCGCACGUUGACUUGAUUCACAUGAUCGAUGGAAUGGAUGGAGAACGCGGCACAAGUGUGUCUGGUGGACGAGGUUAUUUUCUCACUGGACCAGUGGUCUUUCUCCAACAGUCUUUAAUACAAUUUGCAUUAAGAAAAUUACUUAAAAGAGGUUAUAAACCUCUUUAUACUCCGUUCAUUAUGCGGAAAGAUGCGAUGCAAGAAGUAGCGCAGCUUUCUCAAUUUGAUGAAGAGUUGUACAAGGUCAUCGGCAAAGGCAGUGAGCGUAAUGAGGACAAGGAAAUGGAAGAGAAAUAUCUUAUCGCUACAUCUGAGCAACCGAUAGCAGCCUUUCACAGGGGCGAAUGGAUAGCCGAAAGCGCUUUACCAAUAAAAUAUGCUGGAAUCUCUACUUGUUUCAGACAGGAAGUUGGUUCUCACGGACGAGAUACUAGAGGUAUUUUCAGAGUACAUCAAUUUGAGAAGGUAGAGCAAUUCUGCCUAACCUCGCCGCACGACAACAAAUCUUGGGAGAUGAUGGAAGAAAUGAUUUCCAAUGCGGAGGAGUUUUAUCAAGCUCUAGACAUUCCUUAUCGUAUAGUUAAUAUCGUAUCCGGUGCGUUAAAUCAUGCAGCCUCCAAGAAGUUGGAUCUAGAAGCCUGGUUUCCCGGAUCUGGUGCAUUUCGUGAACUCGUGUCGUGUAGCAAUUGUUUAGAUUACCAAGCUAGAAGAUUACUAGUUAGAUACGGUCAAACGAAGAAAAUGAACACCACAACAGACUAUGUUCACAUGUUGAACGCAACGAUGUGCGCCGUGACACGCGUAAUUUGCGCAAUUCUGGAAGUACAUCAAACGGAAGUUGGCAUCAAAGUGCCGAAAGUUCUGGCGGAAUACAUGCCCUCCGAAUACGAAAGUGAAAUUCCAUUCGUUAAACCUGCGCCCAUCGAUGAGGUCGAAACGAAGAAACAGAAAAAGCAGAAGGAAAAUAUGUCGAAGUAACAAUCGCUUCAAUAAUUAUGACAAUAAUUAUGACAAUGAAGCAAAAGAUUGUCUAUCUACUGAUUUUAAAUUGCAUUUUUCCAAAUAUUCUAUCGCGAUUUGAUCGGAUCACGCAACUGUAACAAUUACUUGAGAAAAUAUAUACACGAAUAUUUCUCUCAAAAA